UCCUCGUUUUGGUCCCUUCAUCUCUACUUAACACACAACACAACAACCCAACAAGCUUCACAGAUUCUUCAACAUUUUCCACUGUUCCUUGUUCAUUCUUCUUCUUCUCUUUCUCUUCUUCUUCUCCUCCUCUGUUUUGUGAUUUCUACCAUAGUUUGAAGGUUGUGUUUGACGAGGUGGUUUGAUGUCUGUAACAGAGGUUCCUUUUCCUUCAAUGGAAAGCUCUGAGAAUUUCACAAAGAGGAGCGCUGGCUUGAACCUCAAAGCCACUGAGCUGAGGCUUGGCUUGCCAGGCUCUGAGUCGCCGGAGAGGGAGGGAACCAAUGGUUUUUCAGCUCCGCUUAAGGGUUUGUUGUCUGGUGCUAAGAGGGGUUUCUCUGACGCCAUUGAUGGAGGUUCUGGGAACUGGGUUCUCUCUGGAAACGGUGGAUCUGAAAUGGGUUCUGGUAAAGAUGGUGUCUUGUUCUCUCCUCGGGGUGGUGCUGCUGGUAAUUCUCUCGCUCUCUCUGCUGCGCCUAACUGCAACAAUCAACUAACGAAUAUGGCUUCUUCUGUUGUCAAAGAGAGUGUUCCUCAGUCUCCGAAGCCGUUGAAUGAGAAGAAGCCUCAGAUUUCUGCUCCUGCUGCAAAGGCACAAGUUGUGGGAUGGCCACCAAUCCGUUCUUUCAGGAAGAAUUCCAUGGCUUCUCAGCCUCAAAAGGAUGAUGCUGAUGCGGAAGCCAAGUCUGGAUGCCUUUAUGUAAAAGUCAGCAUGGAAGGUGCUCCAUACUUGAGGAAAGUGGAUCUAAAUAGUUUCAGCACUUACAGGGAACUUUCUUCAGCACUUGAAAAGAUGUUCAGUUGUUUUACAAUCAGUCAAUGUGGGGCUUAUGGAGUUUCUAGUCGAGAAAAUUUAAGUGAAAGUAGAUUGAUGGAUCUCCUUCAUGGUUCGGAAUAUGUGCUAACCUAUGAAGACAAGGAUGGUGAUUGGAUGCUAGUUGGUGAUGUUCCCUGGGAGAUGUUCACCGACUCUUGCAAGAGGCUGAGGAUAAUGAAGAGUUCUGAAGCAAUUGGGCUAGCACCUAGGGCCAUGGAAAAGUGCAAAAGCCGCACCUAGAGCAAUGAAGCAUGCCUUUAUCUACACUGAUCCAUGAAGAUGACAGAUCACAUCUGAGCAUAUAAUACCCUUCUUGCUUAUGUAUAAUUCUAUAUAGGAGAUUGGAGCAUCCUAAACUUUUUAUGAUGAUGCAAGAUAUGUUGAUGACAGUAUAUUAGGUUUGCUGUAAACGUCUACAUCAUUUUGAGGUGGACGGUCGAGGUUUUUAAGGUUCUCCCUUACUUCACUUUAAUCACAGUCAUUAAGGCUACCCUUAGUAUGUAAAUUUUGUAUUGCACUGGUAAUCUAGUCUCCCUCUCUACAAGUUAAUGUAAGCCUGUGAGCAUUUUGUUUGUCAUAGAAAGGUAAGAAAAGAAGAACAUCAUACUUUUUCUUUUA